UCUUAUAGCUAGAUCCAGUAAUAAAAAUCAACAAAUUAGAUGAAUAACAAAUGAAUAUAAAUUCUAAAUGAGUCAUAUGGUUAGGUUGGGGGGCGUGCGCAGCUCGGGAGAAAGCGUUCAUUGAGCCUACGUCACUGCGUAUUGGUUCCGCUGCUCGUUUCUUAAUUUUUUACGCAAGCUGGGUCAUUUAUUUUAACUUGAUCGUUUUAGUUUUUACGGUACGAAGUUUUGUUUUAGCAUUGUGAUUUUGGGUCACGCAUAAAAAAACACGAAUGUCAAAAGACUCUUCGUUUUUAUCGGACUCCGAACCAAGCAACGCCACUAUCCGGCGAUGUAUUCUUUUGUUAACAAUUUCUUACCAAAGCUAUUUCUCAUCUGUGUUAUUUUUUAAUUAACGCGAUUGUUAUCAAAAAAUAAAUCGAUGUUGUCUUCAUUAGAAAACGACGUAUGACGUAUAUGUGGUCGUGUGCGUAUCACGUGAAACGUCGGUCACUAGGCAACGACCGCGUAGCUGACGUUCUACAAAACAACAAACAUUCGUUUGACGAGCCGCUGGAUGAGACGGAGCGAUCUUCAGACUUGCCUUUACAUUUCUUGACUUUUAUUGAACAGUUCAUUUCGUUAAUUCAUUCGUUGAACAAUACAUUUUCAUCUGAAUUACUGUGUGUGUCCUGUAUUUUGUCUUGUUUUAACAUUUCUUGCGAGUUGGUUAUUUUUACAGGUCAGAUGACAUCGUUCGUCGGAGGAAGCUGUCGUGCGGCUGGCGUACCGAGGGACCAGAUCGCCUCGUUGUUCGUGGGGGACCUUCAUCCAGAAGUGUCCGAGUUCGUCCUCCAUCAGAUGUUCAGCCCGUUCGGUCCGAUCCAGUCCGUGCGGGUCUGCAGAGACAGGUUGACUCGGCGAUCCCUGCGGUAUGGUUAUGUUAACUUUGUUAACCUCGCCAAUGCCGAGAGUGCCAUGGACAACCUGAUGUGCCAGGAUCUUCUGGGCAGACCCAUGCGGAUCAUGUUCUCCCAGCGUGAUUCCACGCUGCGGACGACUGGGGUCGGGAACAUCUUCGUCAAGGGUCUGGCCAGCAGCAUCGAUGGUGCCCGCCUUCAUGACAGCUUCUCGAUUUUUGGGAAGAUCCUGUCCUGCAAGGUGGUCUGCGAUGCGAACGGAUCCAAAGGUUACGGAUUCGUCCACUUUGCCACCUUCGAAGCGGCAGAGAAGGCCAUCAAAGCGCUUGAUGGCAUGUUGUUGGACGACCAGCUAGUGUCCAUUGGCCACUUUAAGACCUUUGAAGAGCGUCGCGUUGAGCCGCAGGUCGUGGCUCAGGACAACGAGCGGCGCUACCCGGUCGAAAAACGCCCUGACGCUCAACCUGAAAACCAGCCGGCGCUUCAGGACGUCAGUCGACAGACAGCAGCGUGCGCCCUCGCUCAGAGUGAGAGUCUCCGCCCACCCAUGCCUGUCGACCUGUGGGAUGACGUUAAUACUCGGCCCCCGCGCCUGCUGGUCUCUCAGGUGCUCAUGGAAUACUGGUGUCUCAGAUUCCCAAAACUCUGCCUGACGGUGCAAGAGCUCCUGUCCAAACGCAAGCUCAACAGGUAG